AUGGCUCAAAACGGUAUCCCCGCCAAUGACUUCACUGUCAAGGCUGGUCUCGCGCAGAUGUUAAAGGGUGGCGUGAUUAUGGACGUCGUCAAUGCCGAGCAGGCUCGCAUCGCUGAAGAGGCCGGCGCCGCCGCCGUCAUGGCCCUGGAGCGUGUCCCCGCCGAUAUCCGUGUGGAGGGUGGCGUUGCUCGUAUGUCUGAUCCCCAGAUGAUUAAGGAAAUCAUGGCCGCUGUGACCAUCCCGGUGAUGGCUAAGGCUCGCAUUGGACACUUUGUUGAGUGCCAGAUCCUCGAAUCUAUUGGCGUUGACUACAUUGAUGAGUCCGAGGUCCUCACCCCCGCCGACGAUGUCUACCACGUUACCAAGUCCAACUUCAAGGCUCCCUUCGUCUGUGGCUGCCGUAAUCUUGGCGAGGCCCUGCGCCGUAUCUCUGAGGGCGCCGCCAUGAUUCGUACUAAGGGUGAGGCUGGUACCGGUGAUGUUGUUGAGGCUGUUAAGCACAUGCGCACUGUCAACGCAGAGGUUGCCCGUGCCCGUGGCAUCCUUCUCUCCAGUGCCGACCCCGAGCCUGAGCUCCGCGCUUUCGCUCGUUCCAUUGAGGCUCCCUACGAGCUUGUCCGUGAGGUUGCUGAGAAGGGUCGUCUGCCCGUUGUCAACUUCGCUGCUGGUGGUGUCGCUACUCCCGCCGAUGCUGCCCUGAUGAUGCAGCUGGGCUGUGAUGGUGUCUUCGUUGGUUCUGGUAUCUUCAAGUCCGGCGAUGCUGCGAAGCGCGCCAAGGCUAUUGUCCAGGCCGUCACUCACUUCAAGGACCCCAAGGUCCUUGCUCAGGUUAGCGAGGGUCUCGGUGAGGCUAUGGUUGGCAUCAAUGUGCAGAAGAUGCCUGAGAGCGACAAGCUGGCUGGUCGCGGUUGGUAA